AUGCCGCCCAAAUCGCAAGACGCGAGAGCAGAUGCCCAAACCGUACGAGAACGACAGAUCGCUGCAGCAGCCCACGCGAGGAGCAAGAAACAACAGGCAGCGGCAGCGGCUCAACAGAAUAAUGGGGGAAGCAGUCUGAAAGAGCUGGCCCUUGUAAAUACCGACUCUGGGCAAAUUUCCGCUCCUGGUCAGGGAACCGGAGUAAGUGCUGGAGUUUACAUCACCACCAGCGUGUUCUGUAUGUGACAGCACUCUACGAAGGAGACGCUAACAUGGUUGAACGCAAGAUGUCCUGGAACACUGCUCCGCUAGAGCUCCUCAAUACCUACCGAGUUGCUCACAACAUACCCUCUCCAGCCGCAUUCACCAGUCCCCUCCGCCAAGCGCAACUCACAAACGCUGGCAUCGGACGACAGUCUCCCACAAUGGCGCGGAAGAAAGAGAAGAGGCGGAUAUCGAAGGAGCAGCUGGCCCUGGCUGUCAGAAAGAAUUUCAACGGUGCGGCUGUGAACGAGAUUGACGUCGUAGUGGACUUGGUGUACAAAGUGAGAAACCAGGGUAAGUGCGUCGACUCAGCAGUGAGAACUUCCGUUAACGCUGCGCAUACAAUGAGGAGAAGUACUGACGCUUUAAUCAGACAAAGCAUUUCGGAUGCGCUCAAUGGCUGGAGUGACGAAGAAGUAA